GAUUUUGGGGGGAGGAUGUCCUCCCGACUAUGCCACGAGCGGCGCAGUCCACAGUACGACAUGGCAAGACGAGGGGAGGGCGACACCGCCUCCAAAAAGAAGUUACCCUUCAACCUCGUGACUGGCUUCUACCUCUACCUCCGUGACGAGCAGGAGUCUGUGCAGAAAAGGACAUUCACCAAAUGGAUCAAUUCCCACUUGGCAAAGCGUAUUCCGCCUCUAGUCGUGACGGAUCUGUUUGAGGAUAUCAAGGACGGCGUGAAGCUGCUCGCCUUGCUGGAGGUGCUCUCUGGCCAAAAAUUGCCAUGUGAGCAGGGCAGGAAGCUAAAGCGAAUCCACUGGGUUGCAAACAUCGGCACCGCUCUCAACUUCCUCCAGGGUAGGAAGUCUGCCUACAGGGGAUCACCGAUCAAACUGGUGAACAUCAACUCGACAGAUAUCGUAGACGGUCGACCGUCGAUCGUCUUGGGUUUGGUGUGGACUAUCAUCCUCUAUUUCCAGAUCGAGGAGCUGACCUGCAGUCUCCCACUAAUCCAAGCUCCGUCAGACAGCUCCUCCUCACUGAACGGCUCGGCUAGCGGAAGCGAGAACGCCAGCCCCCCCGUCAAGAAGAAGCCUCUGCCACCCGUACACGGCGGCGUUAGAAAGGCCCUCCUCAGAUGGGUCCAACAGACAGCCACCAAGCGUCUGGGAAUCGAAGUGAAAGACUUUGGUCCCAGUUGGCGAAGUGGCUUAGCCUUCCUUGCCAUCAUCCACGCCCUUCGGCCCAAUCUAGUAGACAUGGAGCACUCAAGAAGACACUCCAACCGAGAAAAUCUGCGAGAAGCUUUUCUGUUAGCCGAAACGCAGUUAGGCAUCGCACAACUUCUUGACCCUGAGGACGUGGACGUAGACAAGCCGGACGAGAAAUCCAUCAUGACGUACGUGGCCCAGUUCCUGAAGCGCCAUCCUGACGGAGAGCGCGGUGCCUCAGAGGGACCAGCGGCAGAUGAAGAUGAGGAGGCGUCUAUCCCGCAGCAUGGCCUCGUUGCUCCUCGCGAUAUCGAGGAAAUGCUGGAGAGAGAGCAACGAAAGAGCCUGAGGGAGUUUAAAAUGUGGCUGGAGCAGCUGGAGAAAGACGCGCUACACGCCCAGGAGACUGAGGCCAAUCUCGCUCUGCGGUAUCAGUUAUUCAAGAGUCUUCGCGUGCAGCUGGAGAUGCGGAGGAAGCAUAUGGAAGAUUCCUUAAAAUCCACGCAGAAGGACGGAAUGUUGACAGUAGAUCAGGCUCUGGUCAAACAAGCUUGGGAAAGGAUCUCCAACAGGCUCCUGGACUGGCAUCUGGUGCUGGACACGUCCCUUCCCGCUCCUUUGGACGCGCUCGGAGCCUGGCUGCACCACACCGAAGGAGCCCUGCGACAAAAUGUCGAAAUCAGCGACGGGGCAGCCGUCGGCAAAGCCUUGGAACGACGCGAGGAGGUGUUGAAGAACCUUGAGGGUCAUCAGCAGGUCUUCCAAAGGAUCCAUAAGGACAGAAGUAUCGAUGGCGUCUCUGUGCCACCUGAGCAGCUGCAAGACAUGGCCGAGAGGUUGAAUUUCAUCUCCACAUCUUGCAACAUCCAGCUGGCUCAGAUGGAAUUCCUGAAGCACAAACAGCGCAUGGAGGCUUUUCUCACGCAGGCGGAAUCGAAGCUCAAAUCCUGGAUCGUCAAAUACGGCCGACAAGAAUCUGUGGAACAGAUGCUACGCGAUUAUGUCGUUUUUGUGGAGAAGCAGUAUUUUUUUGAAAGUUACAAGACGUUAUACCAGUCAUUGAAAAGAGCUGCGGAGGUUUACAUCAGCGCUGACAGCUCAGCUGAUGAAGGAGAGACGGGGGUCUCCCGGCAUGUGCGGGAUGUGGCGGCCCAGUGGAGGAGCCUGUCCAUGGAAGUGCGCAGCGUGAGGAGCAUGCUGGAGGAGGUGCUGUCCAACUGGGAUCGCUACAUUUCCACGGUGGCCUCUUUCCAAGCUUGGCUGGAGGACGCCGAGGGAGCCCUAAGACAGCCGGAAAACACAAAGCAGGAGUUCUUCAGGAAUCACAGCCACUGGAUGGAUCAGCACGCCGCCAUGAACGACGCGGGGAAUUUUCUUAUCGAGACGUGUGACGAGACCGUGUCGUUUGAGCUCAAGCAGCAGCUCCUACUUCUGAAUGGACGAUGGAGGGAGCUUUUCCUUAAAGUCAAGCAGCACGACCAAGUUGACGGAUUGGAAAAAUGGCGAAAAGACCAUUUAAAGGCAAUGUCGACUUUGACAGAACUUUUGGAUACAGCAGAAGACAGGCUCAGCGCUCCAGUACAAGUGUCUUUCCUCGGUGUCCGAGCCUUUUUGCAAGACGUGGAGAAUACCAAGCAAAAGCUUGUCGCCAUGGAGACGCAGUACAAGCUGGCCGGCCGCAGCGCUCAGCUCCUCGCCAAAGACGCACCGCACGACGAGGCCGCCGGGGUCAUCGCUACCAUGACGACCGCUAAGAGUCGCUUGAGUCUAGUGAGAGAGCGCUGCCCCGCCUUAGUGAAGGAAUGCCACGCCCUUCUGCCGUUGCUGGAGGAAAUGGAGAAACAAAUGUCUGUCUUCUAUCAAGCCCUGGAGCGCGCCCGUCGCAUUAGUGCCGCCGACCCACACACGCCCAGCCCGACACUGCUCGGCCACAAGUGGCAGGACUUUUUGAACCAGCAGCAGAGUUGCAAACGCUGUCUGGCGGUGAUCGAGAGGAACCACAACACGGUGCAGAGGGCACUCUCCAACAGCAAGGUGCUUCAAAACUUAGAGACCGGUUUGCUGAAGAAGAAAUUGGCUGAAGUCCAAGGCUCGGCGCAGGAGAUCGCAGAGUGGAGGAGGCGGGAAGAAGCCAACAAUUGUUUGAGGAGGAGGUUUGAGGAGUCCAGACAGGAUUUGGAGGCAGUGCUGAAGAGAGCUCAGGACUGCUUGGGAGAGUCGGGGGACGCCGAGGAAUUACUGAAGAAGCACACGGAUGUUUUCUGUCAACUGGACCAGCACGUGCUGAGCGUCUUCCUGAAGGCGUGUGACGAACUCACUGACAUCCUACCAGAAGAGGAGCAACGGGGGCUGCAAGAAACAGUCCGCAGACUACACAAACACUGGAAGGACAUCCAGGGCGAGGUACCGUCACACCUGCUGCGUCUGAAGGUAGAGGUGGAGCAGUAUCCAAUCGAUGUCGUCCUCCAAGAGUGCCGAGCAGAGCUGGACAGAGAACUCCACAUCUUGUCUGGCUCCUCUAGCAGCGAUCAUGUGAUCCAAGAGCACAGGAUGUUCUUCAGGGAACGCAAACCUCUGGCUGUGUGCGAGAAGCGGAUUAGGAACAUGGAGGAUCUGUGUGAAAAACUGCCAGACAACGACGCGGCUUAUCGAAGGCUGGAUGCCACCAGGAGGGCUGUGGAGGACGUCGCCGAGCGCAUCAGGAGCACCGGCGUCACACUGGAGCAGCAUCCUGAUAAGUGGAAGGAAUGGAAUGAUAGAUUUUGUGAGCUUUCCGACUGGAUUUCAUCUCAGAGGAGACACCUGAAGGAGACGGCAAGAACUUCCAGCCAUCAGGAGGAAGUUGACGCUGCUGCUCGAGCAUUGAGAGAAGCAGGAGACGCUCGAGAAGAGAGCCUCUUAUGGCUUAAGAGUCGUCUUUUGAGCCUGUCUGAUGUGAGCUCUGAAGUGGAGACACAAAGACAGCAAAGUGCCCUGAACAAACUCUCAGCCGACUUUAAGGAAUUGUUGUCCACACUUUGCCAGGAAUGCGGCGAAGGCUCCGGCGCAUUCCCGUUGGAGGAGCUCAGGGAAGAAGUGCGUGGCGCUCUGGAGGAGGUCCUGAGAGCUGGGAAGGAAACCGGAGAGCAGAUCAACCGGAUUCUGGAUGCUGAGGAUCUAAGAGAAGCCCAGGAACUCUUUCUUAUUCAUCAGCAACACUCAAAACAACUGCAGGCUCUCAGGAGGGAGGCAGAUCUUUUGGUGUCCCACUCCAAGCAGAUCCAUUUGGGAGAGGCGCUUAGUCGCUCGGUACACGAGCUGGAGGAACGUGUCCGAGAAGCGGACUGCCAAUUCAGCGCUAGGGAGCGCAGCCUACAGGCCACCUUGAGCUCCUGGCGCAACUUUGAACGUGAGUGGGAAACACUUCAAGUGUCCAUUAGCGACAUCACCAUUGAUCUGCACAAAGAGUUUAUAUUCAACAACCUGGACAGCCUGAGGAGCGAACUGGACCACACCAAGGAGCUUUUCAUCAAGCUUGAGGACUGUUCCCUGAGAGCAGACGUCCUCCUGGAGGAGGCGGUUGAUCUUCAGCUCGGGCCGAAGAAUCAAAUUGCGGUUCUGCAUCAGGCCCAGUCCACCAGGGAAGCAGUUGAGCAGAUUGAAGACCACCUCAAGAAGAAUGUUGUCCAUCUGGAGAGAACGUGCUCGUCGUGGGAGCGCUUUAACGAGCAAUCCGUGACGUUUUCCACGUGGAUCAAUGAAAAGCAGAGAGCGCUGGAUGCAAUCGGGCUCAACUCACCCUCCGAUUACUUGGACGGAAUUGUUGAGGUUGUGGCGGAAGGUUUGGAGGCGAGAAGCUCAUCGCUACUCCACAUGGAGAAGGACUACGAGGCACUGUCCAGGUUUGUCACCCCCGGAGAGUCCGGAUGUCUUCGGGCACGGGUCACCCAGAUGAGGCGUUCCUGGCAAGAACUGCUGGAGAAAACAAAGCAACUCACGGGGCAGCUCAACCAGAGCGCCUCCUAUAGGGGGAGGUGCAGCGACAACCUGGAGCAGUUUGAGAAAACUGUGAAUGAUCUCAAAGAGAAGCUUGAUACUCCUGUUACAUUUUGCUCAUCAUCAUCACAAGCUUUCAAGAACCUACAAAGUCACAUGGAGGUGUGCCGGUCAGUGGAACAACUGAAGCCCGGACUGAUGGCUUUGUGUACAGCUGUGGAGGGCACCAAGUUGGAGCAUGAGGUACUCCAACUCCAGCAGCUCCGAGGAGAGUUACUGGGAAAGGCCAGUGAGAAACAAUCAGCAUUAGAGAGCUUUCUAACGCUGUGGCAAAGAUUUGAAAAGGAAUAUUUAUCCAUGAAAAGCUGGCUAGAUGCUUGCGAGUUUGCUUGCAGUCCAGCCGACGAGCUGCUCUGUGUAGACAAGGUGAAGCUCACGAUGGAGCUGCAACACAUCCAGGAGACGCAGACUGAAACCCCUUCCAAUGACGCCCUACUUGAGGGUCUGUUAAAUAUCGUGUCGUGUCUCUACCCGUCUGCCCCCGAAGCUCGGGUCGGAGAGCUGAAUGACGAGCUCGCCCAACUUCAGGAGCGAUACGCCUCACUGAAGAGCAAAAUGUCACGCAGACAUGAGCAGCUGGAGCGUCAGUUGUUGCAGCUGGAGCUUUUCAAUGACGCUCUUUUGACACUCAGCCAAAAGAGCCAACAUCUCCCAUCUGUCUUGAGAAGCUCUCUUCAGGUUGACGUUACUGAUUUCGAUGGUGCCUUCACGGAGCUCAAGGAGCAAGACUCUCAGUUAAAAGCGUACUCAUCACUAAGAAAGGCUCUCCAACAAAGAGAAUCAGCCCUGCUUCCAUGCUCCAGCCCAGAAGCUCAGCAGAAGCUCCAAGCCUGGAGAGAAGAUUGCCUACAACCCUUCACUGAAAGUGAACAUCUACAGUUUCUCCGCAAAAAGUGCCUGAAUGAGUUAAAAACCUACCUGGAGAAGCGUGAAGCAGCGGUAGGGGGUGUCGGCCGUCUUCGCGAGGCUGUGGUGAGGAAAGGGAGCUGGGAUCCAUCCGAAACAGAUGAGCUCCACCGAGAGGUCACGAGGGAUGUGGCCCGCCUUGAGGCUGAGGCCAUAGCCUUGGAUGGGCAGCUGAGCAAAGCCCACCUUCACCUAGGCGGGAAAACCUCCUGCAGGGCUCAGGCUGCGGCCCUCAUCGAGUGCCUGGAGGAGGCGCGGAGCAGUCUGGGAUGGAGGCAGAGUGAAGCGGAAGCCCUCAGAGCUAUGUGGAGGUCCUUCAGGGGGAAGAAGGCGGAGGUAAUGAAGACUUUGGAGAUGUUGCAGUGUAAAGCAAGACAGGAGGUGGUCAAAGAAUGCUCUGUGCAAGCAUUUCAAAACAGGCUGCGUUACUUGAGCCAGCUGGAGGAGGAGCUUCAGUCCCUCCAUAAGUCCCAGCAGUGGUUAGAGGAGAAAGGUAGCCAGCUGGCCCAGAAGGACACGGAGCGGACAGGGGAGGCCCUCAGAGACCUUGAUGUGGUCAAGGCUGCCUUGGACUACGUCAAGACUCUCAUCACCAAAAGUCAGGAGCAGAGUCAACGGGCACUCGAUCUCCUGCGCCGAUACAACCACUUGAGGUUGAUCCUCGAUACUUUGGUGGAGAAAGCCCGUGCGCUUGCUCACAACCUGCCCGAUCACAACCACAACGCUCAGGAAGCCACGAGGUCCUUCUCACUGCACGAGAAGCUGCUGGGUGAGCUCCGGGAAAAGCAAGAGGACAUGGACCAGCUCAUCACCGCGGUGGAGGAUCUGCAUCGAGAACUGGCUCGCUUUCCCGACUGUGACGCAAGCAUGGUUCACAGAGACGUGGAGGCGUUAAGGGCCCAGUGGUUAGAGGCGUCGGAGAGAAUUCAAAGCAACACGGAACGAUUACGCUACUGCGUGACCCUCUGGGAUGAUCUCAAGCUGAUGGAGCAGGACAUGAAUCAAUGGACCAUCUGCAGUUCCAUCGCUGAACUCAGCACGAGUGUUGCUAACACCAGCGACAAGGACAUGGAGGCUCGUCUUGCCAACUUUCAGGCUGAAGUGGAGAAGCGGAAAGGGUUGUUAGAUGCUCUGCUAGAGAGAGUCGGGGAGCUCAAGGAGCACGCUAAACUGGAGGAAACGCCCCUACAAAUGCAGGUGCUGGAGUCCGAUCUGAGGAAGAAGUUAGUCCAUGUUCAGGAGGUGUUGGACCAGACCAAACACACUCUGAGCCACUUCACCAUCCAGAAGCAGCGUCUGGAGGAUCUCGUGUCCCAGAUGAACGAGAGGCUUGAAAAAGUCGAGGAUUCCUUGUCGAGUCUUAAGGAGGCCACCUCCCCUGAAACCAUUGAUGCUCUUAAGGAUCUUCAGGGUGUUGCCGAGCAACAGAGGCCAGACCUGGACUCAGCCCGAGAGUCUCUGAGUACCUUAAGCAGGUCCCAUUCCUCUCCGGAACUCUCUCACCUCGCCGCCGACCUGACGGCCGUCGCCCAGCGCACCGAGGAGGCCGUCCAGCGUUGCGCCAAGGCCAGGAGCAACCUGCAGGACGUGCUACACCUCCAUUUGAACCAGCUUUUCCAAGAAUUCCAUUCCUGGCUCUCGGGUUUGAAGUCGGAGUUGAAAGAAUGCGCCAAUCAGUCGGGAGACGUUUGCAUCCUCACGGCAAAGUUGCAAAGAUUGAAGUCGUCACGGCAGUGGAAUUCAGCGGGCAAGGAGCGUCUCCGUCGCAUUUGUGAGGAGGCGGAAAGGCUCCACCUCCACCUGCCAAAAGCUGCAGCAACACAGCUGCAGGAGCAUCUCUCCUCCUGCCAGAGAGAGUGGACGAGCUUCCUGGAUGAAUGUUCUCACAGCCAACGAGCCCUGGAGGAGAGCAUUCAACUCCUCAAAAGUUUUGAUGAUGCUGGAGAAGGUCUCAGAGAUUGGCUGAAGCAGAUGGGGCUCAGCCUCAACAGGGAGUCUCUUGUUGGGGCAGACAGCCAACAAGGCGCCCCUGACACCAAAGAGGAACUGGAUAGGGUAGAAAACCUCCAUAAAGAGCUUUUAACGAGACGAGACUCUAUCGAGCGUGUCAUCCAGGACGCCCAGUCCUUGUCUGAAGCAGGACGCGGGUCCGGCGAAGAGGUCCGUGUGGCGGGCCGGCUCCAGAUGGAACACCGGGCUCUGCUCAAAGCCGCAAGGGGGAGGCUGCGAGGCUGCCAAGAGAACCAGGCCUUUGGGGAGACCCUGCAGGGUCUGUGGGCCUGGUUAGAGGAGAUCCAGGAGAAGCUGGGCACGGUUGAUAGCACCAUGGGCAGCAAGGAGCAGUUGCAGCAGAGGCUCGAGACUGUGCAGGAUAUCCUACUUUUGAAAGGCGAGGGCGAGGUCAAGCUAACUAUGGCAAUGGGUAAAGGCGAGAUGGCCCUGCGCAGCUCCGGCGCCGGCGGACAGGAAGUUGUGCGCUCGCAGCUCCAGGAGGUGGAGGAUGCCUGGGCCACGCUGCUUGUCACGGCCAUGAGUUGCCACAGUCGUCUCGAGUGGACGGUAUCUCAGUGGACCGGAUACCUGGAAAACGCAGCCCAGCUCCGGCGCUGGAUGGAGGCCGUGGAGCGGGAGGUCCGUGCCUCCCUCGCCCCGCAGCCGGCGCCCAGGGAGAAGGCCUCGCAGCUUGAGAGACUGCGAGCCCUCCUGACCGACAUGGAAGACCACCAGCUGUCCUUAUCCAGUCUGGAAGAAAAAGCCAGAGAACUCUUCAAGAAGACCGGCGACGCCGGUUUUAACCAUUGUGCUCGGACCCAGCUGCAGGUGCACUUUGACGAGCUGGCGGCUUUGGUGGAGGAGAAAGUUCGCCUGGCACAGAGCGUGGUCCUGGAACACCAGGAAUACUUGGAGGCUGUCCGGGAGCUCACCGAUUGGCUGAUGACCGCGGGGGAGGAGCUACAGCAGUGGUCGGACACAUCUGGAGACUCUGCCUCUAUCCAGAAGAAACUACAUGAAGUGAGGGAGCGCGUGGAGUGUCGACUCUUAGAAGGCCGCGAGCGCCUCGGCAUCGUGCGACGCACCGCCGCGUCGGCGGCGGAGCACACGGCGGCGGGGGGCUGCGAGGCCAUGGACCGGCAGCUGGGGGCGCUGUCCCAGGCGCUGGAGCAAUGGGAGGGCGGCGCUUUGAGGGCCAGAGACGGCCUAGAGGGGGCGCUCGCCUCCGCCGCCGCCUCCGAAGAGGAGUACGAGCGCCUGACGUCUCGGCUGGAGAACGAUUCGAAAGAGCUGGACGUGCGACUCAGGGGGUGGAACCAGGAGGUGAUUCGAGCCGAGGGACUUUGCAAUGGCGAGGAAGCGGUGACGGGGUGGCAGCUGGCUAAGGACAUAGUGGAGGGCCUGCAAAGCGUCGAGCCGAUGGCAGAGAAGUUGAAGGGGCAACUGAACGAGCUGGUGCAGUACUCCAGGGACUUGGCCUCCCAGUCGGAGCGCGUCACGGCUGUCAUCAAGCAACACAACAGUCUUAGUCUCCGUGCAUCCAGGGAAUGCCAAAAUAAGGAGCGCCUGUUGGAGCAGCGCUUCCGUGCCGCCCUUCGAGACUUCCAGCAGUGGUUGGUCAACGCUAAGAUCUGCACCGCCAAAUGUUUCGACGUGCCACAGAGUGUGGCGGAGGCCUCCGCCGCCCUGCAAAGAAUACAAGAGUUCUUGAGUGACAGGGAGCACGGCCAGGCCAGACUGAGUUCAGUGGGUGCCAGCGGGGAGCUGCUCAUGGCUGUGGUGUCCAAAGAGCGGGUUGAGGCCAUCAAGGCCAAAGCGGCAAACGCCAGAGAGGACUGGAAGAGCCUGAUGAAUAACCUUCAGCUUAGGGAGGAUGCGCUCAAGAACUUACGGUGCCAGAUGACAGAGUUCGAGGCCAGCGCCGAGCCCCUGCAGGAGUGGCUGCACAGCACCGAGGUCAGAGUUCAGGAGAGCAGCGCUCGGCUACACGACCUCUCGGCCAAGAAACAAGAGCUCGGCAAAUUGCAGAGUGUCCUCAAAGAGAUGUCCGGUCGCGAUGCAGAACUGUGCCGCCUCAGGGAGCGAGCUCACUGUCUUUGGGAGGGUCAGGCCGCCGGCAAAGGCUUCCUCCAUCGAGUGUCCCAGUUGUCUGCUCAGUACUUGGCUCUCGGCAACUUGACCAAGGACAAGGCCUCAAGGAUAGAACGUGUGGUAGGGGAGCAUCGCCUCUUCUCUCAGGGUCUUAAAGAGCUCCAGGAAUGGGUGUGCGAGGCCCAGAGUGUCCUCGCCACCUGUACUUCCACCACCUCUGAUAAAACUAUGCUGGAGGACAGGAUGUUACAAUUGGAGGCUUUGCUCGCUGCCCGCCAAGAGCGGGAGAUCCAACUCAAAAUGCUGCUCACCAGAGGAGAAGCCGUUCAGAGAAACACGUCGGCUGAGGGUGUCCCGGUGAUCCGCAAACAGAUCCAGGACCUUAAGGACUCGUGGGACUCCUUGUUGUCUACCUCUAUCAAAUGCAAAAGCCAGCUGGAGGGCGCCUUGUCACAGUGGACCAGCUAUCAGGAGGACGUGGGUCACUUCAUCCUCUGGAUGGACCGCGUUGAAGAAACACUGAGUUGCUCGGACAGACAGUAUUCGGAGAUGAGAGACAAAACAGCAAAUCUGGGCAAGACUAAGCUUCUGUAUGAAGAAGUGCUGAGUCACAGUUGUCCUCUGGAGACUAUAGCCUCAAAGGGGGCCAACAUGGCGGAACACGGCAGCACCCAGCAAGAAGUGAAGCAGCUCCAGAGCAGAUACAGCAACCUGCAAGAAAAGGCCAAGAGUUCAGUCAAUAAGGCCAAGGGGCUGGUUCUGAUCCACCAGGAGUAUCAGCGAGGACUUCAUGUGUUUGAAGAUUGGCUGGAGAAAGAGCAAUCCACUCUGGCCUCAUUGUCUCAUCCCGAGCGGACUGUGGAUACACUUGAGGAAACACUGAAGCAGCUUCAGAUUCUACAGGAGCGCUGCUCGGACGGCCAAUCACUGCUGUCCUCGGUGCUAACCAGCAGGGAGCGUGUCAUCCCGUGGGGUAUACCCCAGAUCGAGGACAGAGCCCUUGACACGGCGCAGCAGGAGUGGGGGGCCUACCAGAACCACCUGGCCGAGACCCAGACGCAGCUGAACUCCUCCCUGACAAGACUGAAAGUGAUGGGCCACAAGUUUCUCACUUUGGCUCACUGGCUUGAGGAGAUGGAGAAAGGCGCUGACUUGAGACUGCACAGGAGGUCAGACAGAAGCACCAAGGAGACUCAGCUGAAGAAACUCGAGCUGUGCCUUGAAACGGUGCUGGCUCGACAAAACGAAGUGGACGGCCUCUCCUCUCUGGCCCAGCAGGCUUUGGAAGAAACGGACAUCAGUGGUCGCGUUAGCGUCACGGCGACCCACAUCACUGCACGCUACCACUCGCUGAUGCUCAGCAUACAGGAAACCAUCAAGCAAUUGGAAGAGGAACUCAAGAGUAUACAGGAGGCGGAAAACCUUUGCGUGUCCUUCUCCGAGUGGCUCGGCACUACGAAGAAAAGCUUCACGGAAGUGAGCGAUACUUCGGAACCUCUCGACCGAAACGCGCUGGAGAAAAAGCUGAAGAAAUUAGAGAGUCUGCAAGCAGAUCUCCAUCACGGCCACAGCUUCCUGAAGUCCCUGAGGGAACGUGCCGAGCAGGCUGCCAACUUCCUGCACGAGGCCGGAGCGGAGCGCCUCGGAGUGGAGGUGGAGGCGCGGCUUUCCCAGCUGGAGGAGCUGGCGGGCUGGCUGAGGACCGAGCACAGCUUCCUGGAGCGAGCUUCGCUGCUGGCUAAGGAGUUUCAGGAGCGCUAUAAGGCUCAGGCCCAGUGGCUGGUGGAGACCAAGGCUUUGCUUUGCUCGCCGCCGGAACCCAAAGCCGAGCUUUACCAACGGAGGGCGCAGCUCGCCAAGUACAAGGCUCUGCUGCAGAUGGUUCAGUCCCACGACGGCUCCGUCAGGUCAGUGGUGGAGAAAGGCGACGCUCUGCUGGCCUCUGUCCAUUACCCCUCAAUCCGAGACAAAAUGAACAAGCUGCAAAAGGACUACACCGACCUCUGUAACAUGGCCACGGCUCAAGUGUUGCAAUUGGAGUGCCAGGUGAAGGAACAGGAAACGUAUCACAAUGAGCUUCAGGAGGCGGAGCGCUGGUUGCUACACAUGUCUAGCAGGAUGGUGACGCCCGAGCCCAGCGUGAGCCGCAGCCUGGAAGCGGCCACUCAACAACUAGCUAGGCACAAGGCCAUCAUGGAGGAGAUAGCCAGCUUUGAGGAUCGCUUGGCAGGCUUGAAGCAGCGCGGGGAGCACCUGGUGCGCGGCUGCGACGAGCGCGUGCAGAGUCGUCUGAGACAGCAGGUCCACGGGCACCAGCAAGGAACCAAAGACAGCUACUCGGCCAUCUGCAGCACGGCGCAGAGGGUAUAUCAGAGUCUGGACCACGAGCUACAGAGACACAUAAGCGUCCAAGACACCUUGCAGCAGUGUAAGACUUGGCUGAUGUCCGCCUCCCAGGAGCCAGAACCUCCUGCACUGACCCCUCUUGGCCUGGAGGAGGCACUACAACAGGUGAAGCAGGAGCGGGCUCUCCAGGAGCAGGCCAGUACUUACUUCCAACUCGUGUGCUCCACCUGCGACCUCUCACUUCUUCGAGUGCAGGAGGUCGCGACGGACAUCCAGCAGGUCAAACUCCAGAUUGAGGAGCGCAUGAUGGUCUGCGAGGAGGUUGUAGAGAGCUGGAGGGACGUCGAGGAGCACAAGACUGACCUGGAGGUGCAGCUUAGGGAGACUGAGCAGCAACUUGAGAAUCUCAUCAGGUGUCCUGCAGAGCUUGAGCCCAGAAUUGCACAGAACCAGUUGGACAAAGCUCAGGAGUUCCUCCAGCAGGUGAGGGAAAGGCAGUCGGAGGUGAGCCGCUUGAUGGAGGCCAUCGAGCGGCUAACGGAUGGACAGAUUUGCGCCGCCAUGAAGGACGCGAAAAAGCUACGCAGCAUCUGGAUUGAGAUGGGCCAGCGCGCCGAGGAGUUGGAGGCGGAGCGGGGAGAGGACAUGCAACGAAGCGGCGAGUACCAGGAGAGCGUGGCUGCUGUCGAGGAGCUUUUCCAUCAAGUGUCCAGGGAGUGGGACUAUCUCGCCAGGGCCGACACUGAAAGUACAAAGGAGCACCUGGAAGCUCUGAGGAAGUUGUCCGGCGAUCUUGUGGAGCAACGUGCGACACUAGAAGAUCUCCGCGAGCAGAAACAAGCCAUCCUGCCUCGAAUAAGUUUGCUGGACAAGGAACUGGUCAAACAACAGGUGGGUCAUCUAGAGCAGCGCUGGGCCCAGCUGGAGUCUCUUAUCCAGCAGAAGAUCCAGGAGUCCUCACAAACUCUGGAGGAUCUGACGCGGGUGGAAACCCAGCUGAGAGACGCCCGCGAGUGGGUGGAAGAGCAACGGCCCUCGCUCACCUCAGCGCUGAAGACCAGCCCACCGCCUGACCUGGCUCAGAGUUUCUUAUUCGACCACCUGAGCGUGUGCGUGGAGCUGGAGGCUCGACAGCAGCUGCUGGCUCGGGCGGUGAGCGAGGCGCAGGCCCUGGCGUCCAGGCUGGGGCUCAGCGAGAGGAAAUGCCUGCAGGAGCUUGUCGAGCGAGCCCAGACUGAAGUGGAGGCGCUGGAGGCUAGGGUCACCCAAAGGAGGAAGUACCUCAGCAAGGCCUUCACGGAAAGGACGCAGUUCCUUCAGGGUCUUUGCCGAGCACUCUCGUGGGUAGAACAACAGGAGAGCAAGGCCCUGAUAGAUGACCACAUUGCGCUCUUCCCGGAAGAUCUGGCAAAAGAGGCGGCGGCGUGUCGGAACAUCCAAAGCGGCCUUCGGGCCUUCCAGAGGGAGCUGGCGUCUCUCUGGGUUCAAGGUCGGGAACUGGAGAGGGACGCCACGGACAAAGAGCGAGGAGAAACUAUGACGAGGCUCCAGGAGCUGCAGGCGGCCUUUGAAACGGCCCUCCAGAGAACCGGCCAGCGUGUCACAAUCUUGGAAAAGGCCUUGAUAUCCAGGAAGUACUUCCAGGUUGACCUGAACAAAACCUGCCGGUGGCUCAGGCGAGCGGAAGCCGUCACCUUCCCUGAAAUCAACCUCGGCGACAUUGAGGACAGCUCGGAACUGCAAGAGCAUCUGUCCGCCUUUCAAAAAGUCCUGGAAGGGGCGUCGGAGAACGAGAACCUCCUUUUGAUCGUGCAGAGGAUAGGUCAGGAGAUCCUUCCCACUCUCAACGAGAUCGACCACUGCUACUUGGAUGAGCGGCUCAACGCCCUCCCUCAACAGUACAACGGCAUCCUGGCCCUGGCCAAAGAGAAAAAAGACAGGCUCCAGCAACUCAUCCUCGACAGGAAGGAAUUCGGCACUUUUUUGGAGGUGACUCGAAGCACAGUGGAGAGACUUCAAGAGCAGUUUGACAAUCUGGAGAAGAAGACUAUCAGUCCGAAAGAGGAGGAGCUUGUUUGCUUCAUGGAUGACUAUCGCAAAAUCGGGCAAAGUUUAGCGCACAUCGGCAGCGCCGUGAGAGAAGUUCGUGGUAAAAACGAGGGUUUUCUCUGUUUGGGCCACACGUACGGAGCUGAAGAAACACGUCAGCUGGUCCAGCUACACACCAAGUUGACAAGCGGAGCCGAGAAGACUCUUCAACAUUUGGAUGAGGCCUUGAAAGCCUUAGCGGAACAUAACAAACUACUGAGAAGUUUUGACCAGCAACUUACGUCCGCCAAAGACAAUCUGAAUGCGCUCAAGUCGGACAAAAAAAUGAAUGUCAUUGAUAAAAUUGCAUCUCUUUAUGCCUUACUCGAAUGUCUGGACGGUUUUUCCUCCCAGGCCAAAGAAUGGAGCCAACAAAUCGAAGUUCUCGGCUUGAGGUUUGACUCGGCCUCCUUGCGGGAAAUGACGGCCCGGCGUGAAUCGCUACAAUCGUUACGCUCAGAUGUGAAACGCUGCGUGGAAGAAAGCCAAAAAGACGUCACACAAUCCGAAGCCUUCGAGAAGGAAUUGGAAAAGAUGUCCAAAUGGCUGCACGCUCUUAGAGACGCUCUGAGGGAACCGUUGAGCGAAACCAAAGUUGAGGAGGUGCUGGAGAAAGUGCGGAAAGUGAGAAUCAUGGAAGAAGAAGCGACUAGUAAACUGAGAAUAAUGGAGGCCUUGUUUAAUCGAGAGGAACAAAGGAUUGACGGUAGAAAGGAAAAUAUUCCAGUCCGUGUAAAGGAGAAAUUUGAGGAGCUGAGGACACUAGGAGCUGAAGUGCAAAAAGAAAUUGUCAACAAACAGGCGACACUGGAUCAAGCUCUCAGUCUACUCCGGCGCCAUCACUCAUCACUGCAGUCGGUGCAGAAAUGUCUAGAUCGCGCAGACGAUUUCCUCCAGCAUGUGAGCGGGGGCGUGGAACUGGAGCACCACGCCAACUGGACACUCAACCUGGACCAAAUCGACAACCAGGAUAAGAACUUGGCGGCUGUCUUAGAGGAGACGAUGACUUGGGAGCCGCUUGCGGGCACUCGGCUGACGAAGGAACUCGGACGAGAAGUUGAAGCCGCUCGAUUGAGGAGCACCCGAGUCAGACAGCAGAUGGAGGCCUGCAGAGAAGUCCAUGAAAGAUGUGCGUUUCUCUGGGCCUCAUUCCGACACGAGAGAGAGAGGCUUGUCGAACAGAUGAACGACUCCGAGAACAAGGCGGCCGCCUUUGCCACGGCGAAAGCUGACAGUCUCCAGCAGGCGGAAGACAAGUGUGGUAAAUACAAGUCUCUGGUAACUCAGGUCCACGUGCAAGAGUUAGCCCUCAACGCUCUGAAGGAGAAGGCGACCGAGUUAGAGCGGCUCCUCGCCAAGUCCGACGCAACCGUUAUCACUCGAGUGCUCUCGUCGCUAUGGCAACGCUGGAGUAGGCUUCGCGAUGUGGCGAGCACCCAAGAGAGGGCGCUGGAGGACACUGCGCGGGAAUGGAGAAACUUCACAGAGAAGAUGGAUAAAGUAGGAUCGGUCUCGACGGACCUUCACAGUCGCAUCCCAGACAGCACCGUGGAGAAGGCGGCCACCAGGGCGGCGCUCCAGACCCUGCUGGAGUACCAUGACUCCUUUGUACUGGAGGUGGAGAGGGAGCAGUCUAUCCUGGCUCUGCUGAGGCGGCAUAUCCACAGCCUCAGAGGAGAUGAGGAGGAGGAAGAAGAGUUGCAGAGCAAGAUGGAGAAUGGCCAGCAGGAAACGCAAUGCUUGCAAGAGAUCAAGCGCAUGCGUGAAGAGUAUGACAGCCUUGUUUCUCAGGUGAGGGCCAGCAGGGUGCAAGUGCAACAGGAGUUGCGAGAAAGAGAGGAGGUGGAGAGAGAGCUGGGCUUGGUCAAAGGUUGGAUUCAAGACACCCGCGGCUUGCUCCUGAGUCCCACCGCUGACCUCGACACGCUGUUGCAAGAGCUGGAGAGCGCCCACGGCGGGGUCAUCAGCCGACGUCAGAGCGUGGAGCGCAUGACCGAGACGCAGCAGUCCAAGUACCACGAUCUGCAGGCGGCUUUGCCGUCGGAGCUCAGCAUGCAGCUUGCUGAGGUGACCCUGGCUCUGGGCUCGGCCGAAGAUCAGGUCCAAGCCAGAGAACGCGAGGUGCACCAGACGCGGGACGUGAAGGAGGACUUCAGCUGCAGACUGAAGGACAUCGAGAGCAAACUGAAAAGCAUCACGUUGAGAUUUGAAAUCAAGGGGGCCAGUCUGGAGGAGGCUAAAGAGGAGAACAGGAUACUGCGCGAGGAGUGUGAGUGCUGCGCUCACACCCUUGCCGAGCUGGCGGCGGCCGUGCAGGAAUUUGGCGAGCAGAACCCCCUGCUGUGCAAGCAGCUAGGCGACGUUGUGGCCCAAAUGGCCAAAGCGCAGCGCCGCGCCACGCAGCAGGUCCAGGACAGGAGCAAUAGACUUAAAAAGGCAGAGAAGCAAAUGGCAGAAUAUCAAAGCGUGAAGGAAUUUAUUUUGAGCUGGACCGAAAAAGCGGAGACUCUGGUCUGCGGUAACAUCGUCUGGAGUCCACUAUCACAACUACAAGAGCAAAUCCGAGCAUAUCAGCUGUUGCUGAGAGAGUGUCGAGGUCUCCAUGGCGACCUGGAGGCCCUGGCGGAGUGGGAGGUGCAGUUGGGGGAUGUGCUGGCGACCAAAGGGUGGAGUCAGCAGGUGAAGCACCUCAGCAGACGCACGGAGGAGCUGCAGCUGGUGGUUAAGACUCGCCUGCAGAGUCUGCAGGAUGCUGUUAAGGACAUAUCGCAUUUGGAGGCUGAGGUGAAGAGUCUCCACGCCGCAGUGGACCAAGUCCAAGUCACCCUGGCCUCCCCCGAUCUCAACAGGCUCAGUCUGAGAGAGCAACUCACACAGAGACAACGUUUGCUGGCCGAGAUGGACGGCUUCAAGCGGCAGGUGGCGGCCGUGCAGAGGUGUCAGAGUGCCCUCCGGCUUCCGGAGGAGGUGGUGGUCGGUCUGGCUCUCUGCCGCACAGCGCAAAGCUUGCAGCAGGAAACCAGCCAACUGCAGCACACCACCAUCCAGCAGUGUAACAUCCUGCAGGAGGCCGUGGUGCAGUAUGAGCAGUAUGAGCUGGAGGUGAAGAAGCUGCAGAGGUUAAUAGAAGAAGCCCACCGUAUCGUUCAAGACCGGCCUGUCUGCACCAGCAACAUUCAGGAACUUCAGGCACAGAUCCACCACCAUGAGGAGUUGGCCCAGAAGAUCCGAGGCUACCAGGAGCAGAUCGCCUCGCUCCAUUCCAAGUGCAAGAUGCUGACGGUGAAGGCCAAGCACGCCACCAUGCUGCUGACGGUCAGCGAGGCCGACGGCCUCUCGGACGAGCUGAGCGACGACGACAUGCACGGCGCCGGAGUAGCCGGCGACAAGCAGCUUCCUGCGCACCCCUCGGUCGUCAUGAUGACGGCAGGCCGCUGCCACACUCUCCUCUCCCCCGUGACCGAGGAGUCGGGGGAGGAGGGCACCAACAGCGAGGUCUCCUCUCCCCCUGCCUGCCGCUCCCCCUCCCCUGGGGCUUACGCUGAUGCUCCCCUUAACCAGCAGGGUCGAGGUGGUCUGAGUCGAGCCGCCCUCCAGGAGGUCUACGACCCGUCCGUGGAGACCAGCACGGCCAACCUGGACGACCUGCAGAGAUCUUGGGAAACGCUCAAGAACGUGAUAAGCGAGAAGCAAAAGACUCUGUAUGAAGCUUUGGAGCGACAGCAGCACUACCAGGAGUCUCUGCAGUCCAUUUCCACCAAGAUGGAGUCCAUUGAGGCGUCGCUGGGUGAAGGCUUGGAGCCAAGCAAGAGCCCCGAGAGCCAGAUGGCGACACAUCAGGCUCUGAUGGACGAGAUCAUGAUGCUUCAAGACGAGAUCGGCGAGCUGCAGACGUGCUUCUCGGAGGAGCUGUCGGACGGCGACGGCGAGCCCGCCGACCAGCUGGCUUUGCAAUCCACCCUCACCGUGCUGGGAGAGAGGAUGGCCACCAUCAGGAUGAAGGCUUCCGGGAAACGCCAACUGCUGGAGGAGAAGCUCAGUGAGCAGCUCGAGGAGCAGCGUCAGGAGCAGGCGCUUCAGCGCUACCACAGCGAGGCAGAGGAGCUGGACCACUGGCUGCUCAGCACCCGCGCCACCCUCAGCACGGCGCUUCACCUCCAAAACGAAGACCUCGACAUGGAGGAGCAGCUCAUUGACUGCCAGAACAUGCUGUUGGAAAUCGAGCAGAAAGUGUCGUUUCUGUCCGAGCUGUCGGUGCACAGCGAGAGCUUGCUACUGGAGGGCCGGGCCGAGACCAAGAGCGAGGCGGAGCAGCUCACCUUCAAACUGCACUCAUUGAAAGACAGCCUAAUGGAGCUGCAGCAGAUGUUGCAGGACAAGCAGAUGGACAUACAGGGUUCAUUGCAGGAACCGGAUGACAGCGAGCCGGACUCGUCGCUCUCGCAGAGCCCCAGCGUGCAGGAUUGGCUCUCCCAGGCUCGCUCAUCGCGCACUCAGCAGCAUCACGACAACCUUCUCAGACAAAGGGAGCUGAAGGAGCAUGUUGAAGAGCAGAGGAGGUUGCUGAAGUCAGUAGCCAGUGUUGGGGAAGAUUUACUCAGUCAACAGAUCACAACAAAUGGGGACAGCAGUGAGGUGUCGUCAAUUCCUGUGGGAGUUUUGCUGGAGACCGAGAGCUUGUCUCAAGGGGACCACUUGAGACGUUGGGAGAACCUGAAUAAAGAUCAGAGCACUAAGCUGCAGCUCUCGCUCAACACACUGGAACAGGAUCAGUUCAGCCCGAUCAUCCACCGUUCCCGUCUGACCAGUCCCGGCAUGGUCUUCCGAGGCGAGUCCGGCAGCCAGGACGCUGGCUCGCCGACAGCUUUAUUCGAGGCCUGUGGCCAAGCUCUGGAAAGAAUCACCGAAGAGGCGGAAGGCGGCGACAAGACGACAUCGCUCUCCUCAGGUGUGACGGCGCUCCAACAGAAUCUGUACGCAGCAGUGUCGGCCGCCUCCACCUGGUUGGACGCCGCCGAGAGCGAGAUGCUCUCGGGCCCCGUGCUGCUAUCUGAAGACACGGAGACGCAGCUAACACAUUUCGAGAGCACCAAUAAAGAUCUGAAGGAGAUGAGCAGAGAGGUGAACCAGUGUAGAGAUCUUCUGGGUGGAAGUGCAGGAAGGCUGUGUGGAGGUGAGGAGCAAGCCUUGAUGGAGGACACCCUGGAAGGUCUCCAAGAGAGGAUGGGCCUGCUGGAGUCCACCCUUGAACAGAAAUGCGACACCAUGAGGGACAGGCUCCAAGAGCAUGUCAACUUCCAGAACGAACUCCGAAUGCUGUUCACAGCUUUGAGCGAGAGUAAACACCUGCUGUUACAGAAAAUGGCCGCCACAGUGGAUAGGCCCGCAGCCAAGCAGAUCGAGACGUUCUCAGAGGUGGAGGACAGCCUAAGGGAGUUUGAGCAAAGAGUGACCGAGCUGAAGACCAAAGCCGAAGGGGUCCAAUCUGACCGACUCUCCCACCAGGAGCUCCUCAAACUACACGACGCGUACGAAGAGCUUCUGCUGCUGGUGGGCUCCAGAGGCAGCGGCCUGAAGCGAGCCCUUUCCCUCAAGGCUCAGUACGAGGCGGCGCUCCGAGACCUCACGGACCUGGUGGACACGGCCCAGGACAAGAUGGCCGCCGACCAGAAAAUGACAGUCGCCUCGGUCACAGAGGUCCAAAUGCUAUUGGACAAACACAAAGAGUUCUUCCAGAGCCUUGAAUGCCACAUGAUCCUCACUCAGACCUUCUACAGCAAAGUGUCUGGAUUAGUAGCACCGCGGGAAAGCCAGGCCCUAGAGGAGACCAUGUCUUUAGCUCACGGUGUCCUCAAACAGGCCCACAGACGGGGAGUGGAGCUGGAGGGCAUUCUGGAGUCAUGGAGCAGGUUUGUAGAAGACUACCAGGCUCUGUGUAGACAGCUGGAGGUUGUCGAGUGCAGCAUCCCCACGGUGGGCCUGGUGGAGGAGACCGAGGAGAGACUUUUGGAAAGGAUCACUCUCUACCAGCGUCUGAAGGCCGGUCUUGCCGAGCAUCAGCCCCAACUGUAUCAGGUCCUGGAGGAGGGCAAGAGGCUUCUUCUGUCUGUUAGCUGUUCAGACUUGGAGAACCAGUUGACUCAGCUGGGAGAACACUGGCUCUCAUCGACCACCAAAGUCAACAAAGAGCUGCACCGUUUCGACUCCACCCUCAAGCACUGGAGCAGGUACAAAAGGGAGUCUGGAGAGUUGAGCCACUGGUUGCAGUUGGCUCUAGACAGACUUGAGUUUUGGACAACGCAGUCUGUCACUGUGCCUCAGGAGCUGGAGACCGUCAGGGAUCACCUCUGUGCCUUCCUGGAGUUUUCCAAAGAGGUGGAUGCCAAGUCAUCUUUGCGUUCCUCCGUCCUGAGCACCGGCAACCAGCUCCUGAGAUUGAAGCGGGUGGACACGGCAAGUCUGAGGACAGCCCUGGGCCACGUCGACACGCGGUGGGCUGAGCUUCUCACUCGCAUUCCCGUCGUCCAAGAGAAGCUCCAUCAGCUGCAGAUGGAGAAGCUGGCGUCCCGACACGCCAUUGCCGAGCUCAUCAGCUGGAUGACGAUUAUGGAGAACAUCAUUAACGAAGACCAGGGUCAAAUCGCUGGAGCUGUGGGCUCAGAGGUGGUCCAGAUCUUCUUGCAAAAGUACAAGGGGUUCCGCAUCGACCUGACCUGCAAACAGCUGACGGUGGACUUUGUCAAUCAGUCGGUGCUGCAGAUCAGCAGUCAGGACGUGGAGGGAAAGCGCUGCGAGAAAACCGACUUUGCUGAGCGCCUCGGUGCUAUGAACAGACGAUGGCAGGUCCUCCAAGGGCUCAUCACCGAAAAGAUUCAGCAUUUAGAAGGACUUUUGGAAAGCUGGCUAGAGCAUGAGAAUGGAGUCCAGGCCUUAAAAACAUGGCUGACACUCCAAGAAGAGAAACUGAAAAAGCGACACAGGAUAGAAGAUGUUGCAUCGGUGCAGAACGCACUGAAAGAUUGUCAGGAGUUAGAGGAACUUGUGAAGGAGAAAGAGAAGGAUCUAGAGAAGGCUGAGGAACGUGGCAAAGCUCUCAUUCGGGAUAAGAAAGAAGAAGCCUGCGCUGGUGUCACAGAGACCCUCAAAGGACUCAACCAAUCCUGGGCUCAUUUGAAGCACAUGAUAAGUCAGAUGAAGGUGAGCCUGCGCUCAGUGCUGGAAGAAUGGACCUUAUACAGGCGUGUUGCAGAGGAGAUCGAUGGGCACCUGAUGGAGGGCAGGUACUGUGUGUCCCGGCUGCCCCCCAUAAGUGGCUCCCUGGAGGCUGUGCAGCAGCAGGUGGAGAGUCUGGAGAACCUGCAAGAGGAGAUGGACAAGCAGGAGAGCAGUCUACUCAAGUUUGGAUCUGUAACCCAACAGCUCCUCACCGAAUGCCACCCGUGUGUGGCGGAAACACUCAACAGAGCAAUGCGGGAUGUCAACAGGAGGUGGAACGAUCUAUUGGAGCAGAUCUCGGAGCAGCUGAGGAGCAGUAAGGCUUUGCUGGGGCUGUGGCAGAAAUACACUGAAUUAUUCGCCAUGUGUACGAAAGCGGUGGAGAGGCAGGAGGAGCGUGCCGACCGCCUGCUCAAGAGCGCCACCGACAGGGACAUCACAGAUGAGGAGAGCAGCGCCUGGAUCAAGGACUGCGACGAAUGUCUUGGUGAGCAGGAAUCGGUGAAACAUUCCCUGCAGCAGCUGCAAACAUUGGGAGAGCAGCUGAAGAGCCGAGUGGACGCCUACUCGUUUGCGGCUCUGCAUUCCGACCACAUGUCCCUGACUUAUCGCUUGUCGGCGCUGCCGCACUCGCUACGCAGGCAGCAGGAGGCGCUGCAGUGUGGAAGUCGAGCUUGCGAGGGCUUCAGGGACCAAUUGGAUGAGCUCGUUCAAACGGACGCCGAAGCUGCGCAAGUGUUGAAGGAGUCGGAGCAGCUCGGCUCGCCGGCACUGAGUGACGUUCAAACGCGGAUGGACAAACUGCGGGCUCCCUUGUCCAAGCUGAGCAGUCUGUCUCCAGACCUGGAGCGUGUCAAUAUGCUCAUGUACAGACUUCCGGUUAGCGAUGGAGACUUGAAGCGUGUACAGAGGCUGAACCGAGCGUGGGCGUCUCACUCCGCUCUUCUCAGCGAGAGGUUCAGUAAACUGCAGGCGGCGCUGCUCCUGCACCAGACAUUCCUACAGAAGUGCGAAGCCUGGAUGGACUUCCUGUCUCAGGCGGAGCACAAACUGGCUGCCGAAGUAUCGGGCAACUACCAAAGUCUGCUGGAGCAGCAGCAAGAGCAUGAGUUGUUCCAGGCUGAGAUGUUCAGCCAGCAGCAGAUUCUUUACUCCAUUAUCAGCGAUGGGCAUAAUAUGCUGGACCAAGGACAAGUGGCUGAUGGAGAUGACUUCAGUGUGAAUCUGGCCUUGCUGGCCAAUCAGUGGCAGGGCGUGGUGAGGCGCGCCCAGCAGCGCAGGGGCAUCAUCGACAGUUUGCUCCAUCAGUGGCACAGCUACCAGGAGAUGUUGGAAAAGCUGCUGCGAUGGCUUCAGGAUGUGUCGCGCGAGCUGGACGCACGUCACCCCGGAGGGGAAACCAUCGCUCUGCAGCAGGCCAGGAACCUGCUGGAUCAGAUACAGCUGCGCGAGCGCGUACUCAAGAGACAGCAGGGUGGCUACAUCUUGACGGUGGAGGCCGGCAGGAGCUUACUGCUGUCGGCCGACGGGCAGGCCGAGUCCACGCUGCAGACGGAGCUGAUGGAGGUGCAGGACAGGUGGAGGCACGCACACCAACGCUUGGACCAGCAGAGGAAGGAGCUGCACGCUCUGCUCAAGAAUUGGGAGCGAUGCGAGGAAGGCAUCGACGCCUCGCUGGAGAAGCUGAGGGCCUUCAAGAGGAAGCUGUCGGCGCCGCUGCCAGACCAUCACGACGAGUUGCACGCCGAGCAGAUGAGAUGCAAGGAGCUGGAGAACAGGGUGGAGGGUUGGAAUGAUGACCUGACUUCCCUGUCCCUCCUGAGAGACACCUUGGUGGGCGUGGUCAGCAGUGAUGACAUCACGCUACUCCAGGAGCGUCUCCAGCUUCUCCAGGGCCAGUGGGAGGAAGUGUGCCACCAGGUUUCCCUGCGCAGGCAGCAAGUAAGCGAGAAGCUGAACGAGUGGGCUGUGUUCAAUGAGAAGAACAAGGAGCUGUGCGAGUGGCUCACGCAGAUGGAGAGCAAAGUCUCUCAAAACGGAGACAUCAGCAUCGAGGAGAUGAUCGAAAAGCUGCGCAAGGACUACCAGGAAGACAUUUGCGUGGCCCAGGAGAACAAGCAGCAGCUGCAGCUCACGGGAGAACGCUUGGCCCGGGCCAGCCAGGACAGCAAGGCAGCCGAAAUACAACACAAGCUCAAUAAAGUCAGCGAGCGCUGGACGCACCUCCUCGACCUCAUUGCAGCCAGGUUGAAGAAGUUGCGGGAGACCCUAGUGGCCGUGCAGCAUUUGGAGAAAAACAUGAGCAGCCUGCGCGCUUGGCUGGCUCACAUCGAGUCCGAGCUUUCCAGGCCCAUUGUCUACGACACGUGUGAUGAGCAGGAGAUCCACAGGAAGCUCAACCAGCAGCAGGAGCUGCAGAAGGACAUCGAGAAGCACAGCACGGGCGUGGCGUCCGUGUUGAACCUGUGCGAGGUACUGCUUCACGACUGUGACGCCUGCUCCACUGAGACCGAGUGCGAUUCCAUCCAGCAAGCCACCAGGGGCUUGGACCGACGCUGGAGGAACAUCUGCGCCAUGUCCAUGGAGAGGAGGCUCAAGAUUGAGGAGACUUGGAGGUUGUGGCAUAAGUUUUUGGAUGACUACUCCCGCUUUGAAGAGUGGUUGAAGACUUCGGAGAGAACAUCGGCUACGCCCAAUUCUUCUGGAGUCCUCUAUACUGUUGCCAAAGAGGAACUGAAGAAGUUUGAGGCUUUCCAACGGCAAGUGCAGGAGUGCUUGACCCAGCUGGAGCUGAUCAACAAGCAGUACCGCCGCCUGGCCCGUGAGAACCGAACCGACAUGUCCUGCCGUCUCAGGGAGAUGAUGCAUGAUGGGAACAAGAGGUGGGACAACCUGCAAAAGAGGGUGGCCGCCAUCCUACGCCGUCUCAAGCACUUCAUCAACCAGCGUGAGGAGUUUGAGACGGCUCGAGACAGCAUCCUCGUGUGGUUGACCGAGAUGGACCUACAGCUCACCAACAUUGAGCACUUCUCCGAGUGCGACGUACAAGCCAAGAUUAAACAACUCAAGGCAUUCCAGCAGGAGAUCCAUUUGAACACGGGCAAGAUCGAGUUGGUGUUCAAGCAGGGCGACGCUCUGAUCAAGAAGAGCGAACCUCUGGAUGCCGCUGUGAUCGAAGAAGAGCUAGAGGAGCUGCAGAGGUACUACCAGGAAGUCUUUGGACGCGUCAACAGAUACUACAAGAAGCUUACGCGUUUGCCCCUGGUGGACGACGAGCUGGAUGGUUCCGACACGGAGGACGGCGCCGACCUAUGCGAGCUGCAGUGGUGCGACUCCACGCCUCCUCGCACCUCCAGUCGCCAGGCCUCAGCGCCGGCCACCCUCAUUCGGGCGGAGCGCUCGGGCCGGGACACUCCGGCCAGCGUGGACUCAAUCCCGUUGGAGUGGGACCACGAUUACGACCUGAGCCGGGGUCUGGAGAGCCCGGGGGGGCGCGACCAAAGUGGAAUGAGCGGAAAGGACGAGGAGUAUCUGAGGACAGAUACUACAGUACUGUCAGACGUAGUUAUUCCCGAGAGUCCCGAGGCCUAUAUAAAACUGACUGAGAACACAUUGAAAUCAUCUUCCGGCGACCCAGGACAACUGGAGGCCAGCCUCAGACAGCUGGACCAGGCUCUGGACGCAUCACGCUACCAGCUGCAGGCCAGAGAGGACGCCGCCAGCCGCUCAAGCCCCGACGCUGACUCCACAUACAUGGGCUAUAUGCGCCUAAUGGGAGAGUGUCGCGGCAGCAUAGACGCGGUGAAGAGAGCCGAGGGAGAGCUCACUGAGGAUGAAGAUGAAAUGCCGGGACUCACCAACCUGACCAGCACUGACAGUCAGAAUGCAGGUGUGAUUGAGCGCUGGGAGCUGCUUGAGGCUCAGACUUUGAGUGACAAGCACAAGCAGAACCUUCAGCAGUGGCAGCAGCUCAUCUCAGACCUGCAGACCAUGCGGGCGUGGCUGGGUCGCUGUGAGGCCGAACUGGGCCAGCUGCGAGGCCUGGAGCUUGGCACGGAUAUCCAUGCCAUUCAGCAGAGGAUCAAGAAGCUCAGGGAGCUUCAGAAGGGGAUGGACAGCCACAAGUCGGAGGUCCUAUCCGUCAACUUAAGCAGCGCCGGCUUCCUUCAGUCGGAACCCGACUCUGAGGAGGCUUGGGAGCUGCGGGACGCUCUGAAGGAUAUGAACGCGCACUGGGAUCGCCUCGGCACGUCGCUGGAGGAGUGGAGGGAGGAGCUGCAGAGAGCGCUCAUGCAGUGCCAGGAGUUCCACGAGAUGAGUCACGGUUUGCUACUGUGGUUGGAGAACAUCGACCGCAGGAGAAACGAGGUGGUGCCCAUCCCUCCCAACCAAGACUGGCAAACGCUGCGAGCUCAUCACGGGACACUCACGCAAAUCAAGCGCGAGCUGCUGGACUCGCAGCAGAAGGUGUCGUCCCUCCAGGAGCUGUCGGCUCAGCUGCUGGUCAGCACGGCGGCCACAGCGGCGCCGCUCCACCGCUCUUCGGGCGGAGAGUGUCUGGAGGCGCAGGAGAAGGUGCACGUGAUCUGGAACAGGCUGCGUCUGCUCCUGCGUCAGGUGGAUGCCGACCUGGACGAGCUGCAGAAGCAAAUGGAGCUUCAGAGUCCGCAACAGGAAUUCUCACCACUGUCUGUCGGCAAAUCAGGCAUCGCCGCUGUCUCUCUGGCAGCCCCGGUUCUUUCACCUGUGCCUCGAGGCAAAAGUAGUCAGGCCCAACCCGGACCCCCCAAGAGCAGCCCGCGCCACAGCCGCAGGAGGUCACCCACCGGCGCCGCUGGCUGCGUUUCCUCCCGUUCUGACAUUUCGAACAGUGUCUCAUCGGCGCCCUCCCCCUCCUCCAAGGAGCCGUCCUUCAUGCAGAGGGUCCUGCGGGCAGCUUUGCCCAUGCAUCUGCUGCUCCUGCUCCUCAUCGCCCUGGCCUGCAUGGUGCCCAUGAGCCAGGAGGACUACAGUUGUCACCACGCCAACAACUUUGCCCGCUCCUUUCAUCCUAUGCUUCGCUAUACUAAUGGACCUCCGCCCAUAUAAGCUGCCUUUUUUUCUCUCAUCGCUUUGCCAAGGACUCCUGCAAAUGUGCCCUUUCACCCUGUGCCCUACACCAUCAUUAUUACGACCAGGACGUGAGACCAAUAUGUCACUGGCCCUUUAAGAAGUACUAAUGAACCUUCAUGAAAUAUUUAUUUUGUUAAAUGUAUGUGUACAUAUAUAUGAAGGUUGGUUUUUUGUUUCCUAAUGAAGAACAAAGCACUAUUUAUAUACACUCAAUGGGAGCCAAAGUCGUCUACUAUUCCCAGUGCUGCUAUUAUUUAUGGUCAAUCAGCUAUGAAUAUUAUUAGUGAAGUGUGUAGACAUGUUAGACCUUUAAUAACAGCACAGACAAAAAGCCACAUAUAAAUCAAAUGAACAAAAACUUGACACUUAGUAAAUUUAUUGACGUUUACAGAGUAAAAUAAAACGUAAAUAAAAAACACAAUUAGUGAUUAGCUUCCGGGGAUAAACACCCCGGAUGUCAUGACAGCUGUCAUCAUAGCUAGCCCGGGACAUUUGAAGCAACGUCGUCCAGUUAGCUAAUAACGUGUAAAUUGUUCUUGAGUACUAAAUUUGCAAUUUAAUUCGUUUUGCGACAUUUUAUUGUCGUUCUAAUUACAUUUUGGGCGCCCGCGCACUGGCUGUUUGAAAGGUACUGCACUGACGAAUUGAAACACAUUUUUGAGCCGAAUCAGCUAACUUGUCCCUGCCAAAUGCCGAGGUGUAUUUUUUUAUGUUCAGUGUUUCACUAAUAGGAGCUAAUGUGAUAAAGUACACGAAUUUGGAAAACAAGUUGUCUAAAAUAAUUCUCACAUUUUUUUUUUUUAUCUACGCAUGUUCUUGAAAGUCCCCGAAGCCAAACAAUCACUGGUUGUGAAGCUAAUGAUAAUGUGCUUUUAUUCUUGUCAUGAUGAUAUUAUUCCUGAGUAAUCAGGACAAAACAGCAAUGUUAAAUGUAUAUAUUUAUGAAUAAUGUUAUUUAUGUUUGUACAGUUUGCUAAUACUGAAUACUCUUUGCAAAUAAAAACUGAAAUAUUAA